AUGCAUUUAGCCAACCAGAUCAGCACUCUAGUGGCUGCUAAGUGCACCAGCAAGCUGCAGAUUACAGACAGUGACUUCAGCAAACAAUUCAAGUCACUUGUCAAAAGAAAGCUUCAGCAACUCAGGCAUGACUUUCAGCAGAAGUAUCAGCAAGAUGCUGCCUGGAAGGUUGGCAGUUUGGAGAUACUUGAGUCUGUGGUCUUUGCCCAGGAGGAGAUGAGCAAGAAGAACCUUGAGGAUGAAUGGGUUCUUAAGGCAGCCAUCAGAAAUGGCAUCUUGGGCUACAUCCCUUCAGGAGGCAAGCUUCAGAAGGUCACUGAGUGCAGCUGGGCUCAAGCAGAAGGCUUUCAGAUGGGAACAAAGAGAAUCCCAUCAGAUUGGUUCAAGGACAGAUUCAGUUGGCUCAGUCCUGAUGGCAAGCCCAUUGAGCCAGACUGGUCUCUUUCAGACAGCGCCUCAGAGAUUGCAGACCUUCAGAGAUGGGACUACCACAGCAAAGAAGAUGAGCAACAUGAUUCAGCAGAUGAGGGCCAACACCUUGAGCUGGUUGAGAUUGAAGGUGAACUUGAAGAGCAGCUUGAGCUCAGCAGGUACAACAUUUUGACAACUUCAGGCACCUUCAUGGUUUUACCUGAAGAGGUGGAGCUUAAGGUGCCUCAGAAGGUCAAGACCUUUCAGUGGCCUGCCUUCAGGCAGCUCAGUAGGGAGGAGAUGAGGCUCAUGCUUCAGCAGCUGUAUUGCCUUCCUGAGGAUGGCUUAGGUGAGGUUGACCUCUUAGCUGGGGUGCACAAGGACACAGUUCUGCUUGAGGAUCAGCACAUUCAGAUGGGUUGGUCCCUGUUGAGCUGGGCACUUCAGAAGUCAGGUGCAGCCAUACCUUCAGACCAGUUUGGAAUUGUGGAUUCAGCUCUGACCCGCAACAUUGCACUUCAGGUGCAUGUUGAGCACAAGCAGUUUUUGAUUCAGAAGCUGAAGAACCACCUCGAGCGCCAUUCAGACAAUUCAGACUGUGGCUGGUGGGUCCUGAAUUACCUUGAGCUGGAGGCCAGCAAGUUGAGAGGUGAGACCAUCACCUUGUGGCCUGCCUCAAGGGCUCAGUACUGGAAGAGUCGCCUUAUCCAGAUUUCAGCAAGCCUUGCAAAGGAGCUUAGCAAGGUUCAGACCCAGCUGGAGAAUGACAUUAAGAAGAGGCAGGAUAAGGAGAAGAAGGCUCAGGCUGCUAAGGCAGCUGCUGAGGAGAAGCUGAGCAGCAUGAAGAACAAGGAGUCAGCAGCUGCAGCCAAAGCCAAGGAGCUCAUUGAGACCAAUUCCUUAAGGGAGACCCAGCUUCAGGCAGAGAUUGGUCGAGCUCCUUCAGAAGAGUCUUCUGGCAAGAGGAGGAAGCUUGAGAACAAGGAAGUUGAGAAUCAGGAGCAGGCCAUCUUCAGCCAUGCUGAGAGCUUUCAGAUGACCAUUGACAGCUACGCUGAGGAGAAGGUUCAGCAGGAGAAGGAGUUGAAGGAGCUUGAGGGCUGA